GAGUUGGAGUGUUAUACUCCUCUCCACUUUCGGUUCUGCUCUCCAUCUUCUUCUCGAUUUUCUCUCCACUUCAUUUUGAAAAAACCAACAAAAUGCAGGCGCAGUUGUUAAUGAUAGUUCAUCAUAAGAACCUGGUUUCUCUGGUGGGAUACUGCGAUGAAGAUGACAACAAAGCUUUGGUCUAUGAAUACAUGGCUAAUGGAAACUUAAGACAGCAUUUAUCAGAUGGAAACCAAAACAUUUUGAGCUGGAUUGAAAGACUUCAAAUUUCUGUAGAUGCUGCACAUGGAUUGGAGUAUCUGCAUAAUGGUUGUAGGCCACCGAUAGUCCAUAGAGAUUUGAAAACCUCCAACAUCUUAUUGACUGAAAACAUGCAAGCCAAGAUAGCUGACUUUGGAUUAUCUAGAGCUUUUUCAACAGAAUUUGCUUCCCAUAUAUCAACUUGCCCUGCAGGAACACCUGGAUACCUAGACCCUGAAUUUCACUCAUCGGGAGUCAUUAACAAGAAAAGUGAUGUCUAUAGCUUUGGAAUAGUUCUCCUAGAGCUGGUUUGUGGUCAACCUGUUAUAACAAGAGGUGAAGAGUGCAUUCACAUAAUUGAGUGGAUUAAUCCUUUGAUUGAAAGAGGGGAUAUUCGAAGGAUCAUUGAUCCAAGGUUACAAGGUGAAUUCAACAUCAAUGCAGCCUGGAAAGUAGUGGAGAUAGCAAUGUCAUGUGUGUUGCCAAUUGGAAUCAAGAGGCCGGACAUGAGUCGUGUACUAUCAGAACUUAAGGAGUGUUUGGAUUUAGAAAUGGGUUCCAAAGAAACUCAAACAACAGAGAACCAGAUAUUCGCUAAUUCAUUUGAAAUCACUCCUCUUGCUAGGUAAUUCAAUAGGCAAUGAUUCGUGGAUUUGUGGAUGUAAAUCCCUCUUGUUGUUUAAGGCUAUAAACUUCUAUUAGUUUUGAGAUGAAGUCUUUUAAGUUACUUUCUUAGCAGUUAUGUCUUCUAUGUAUUUUGCAAACCAUGUUAGUGGUGUUACGCAGUUUGUAUUGUAGUUUCUUAACUUCUCUUUAUUUUAGCGACUGCCUUGUCCAAGAAGAAAGGGUUGUUUGAAAAGCGAGAAACUGGAUGUAAAGGAAGAAAAGGUUGUAGUUUCUGCUUUUUCUUAGGAUCUGGAUGUAUGUUCAAUGCUGGUUUGCUGAGUAAUAUCAUAACUCAGUUCAUGUACUUCAUUUUCAAGCUGAACCCUUGAGUUUAUGUUCAUU